AUGGAGAAUCUGAUGUCUAUGCUUGGAGCGGAGAAUCUGGAUCCGGCCAGCAUUCACGCGCAGCAGGUGAUCGUCAGCGAAAUCUUUAGGUCUGCGGAGGGGGAAAGAGCCCUCACACUCGGCCACGUGCUGAAGGUCUACGAUGCCACCAUUGCCAAGCAUGGAAUCUGUGCCACGGACCUCGCCGGGAUUCAGAUCUACAGGGCUUUGCUGCAGUGGGGCAGACAUACCGGGAAUCAAGCGAAUGCCCGCGCGCCACUGGAACCCAUCUUGCCCGAUGCGGUUUGUUGGAAAAGCAACAGCUUGCCAGCGCAAGAUCCCAAGGCGGACAUCCCCGUCGAGCCAACGACAGGUCCGCGGCAGACUCCGGCACUCGUCUCGGUGCCAGUGGUCCUGGGUCAGACUUCUCCGACUCCGCAGAGGACUCGGAAGCCUUCGGCCGCCGAGAGUCGGCUGAAGGAAGCUGGAGGCGAGCCCGUUCUGGGCGAGACGAAAGCCAGCCCGGAAGAACCCUUGACGGCAGUGGCAGCUACACCGGCCGUCCCGGCGAUCGGAAAGGGAGACAAAGAUCCAGGUCCGGACCUGGUGGACCUGCUUCCCACUGCCUCUGCACUGGUCUCCACUUCGAUGCUUCCCUUCCGAUCUCCGGAGGACCCACGGCAGGAAGCCAGCGCGUGGCAGCCGAGGCCCCAACCCGACUUGGGCGACCCUGCCAUGGCCAUCCUUGCGGAUGCUUUUGCCUAUCGGAAGAGCCUCGCAAGAGCGGUUGGUGCUUGGCAGAGUGCCGUGCACGACGAGCGAGAGCUCGUGCUGGAGCUUCGACGAAAGCAGGCGCUGGGAUACUGGUACCGCAGGACGAGGUCGGACAUGGCCGAGAGGGCUGCGGACCUUGCGCGGAGGUCCUCGCAGCGUCGACAAACACUGAAGCUUGGCGUGGCGAGAUGGCAUCUUUGCCUCACGGCGAGAAGAAGCUUCCGCGAUAGAUUCGCCCGGUUGCACGGGCUCCAGUGCCGACGCUUGUUGCACGCAGCUUGCGGCAGCUGGCUGCUGCAUGUGCACUCUGCCAAAGAGCUCCUGGCCCGUGGCACGCGACUCGCACGCUGCCGAGUGCUACAGGCAUGCUGGACAGCGCUGCGGGCGUAUUCUCAUCAGCGACAGCUCAUGGCCUUGUACCGGAGCUGGGCGGACGUGCACUGGCUCCGCUCUCGGCUGACUGCGGCCUGGCAGGCCUGGCUUCGCUGGUUCCGGAAGCGCGGGAAGGUGGUGGCCAUGCGCAGUGAGCGGCAGCUGCUGGCAUCCUGGUGCUGGCUUCGGGUGCAUGCUGCGGGAUCCGGACGCCACAGAAAGUGGCUGCCACCCAGCUCAGGUCACUCCCAACCGCGCACAUGGUGGUGGGACCCUGCGGUUGACCUUCUUUUCGAUCCAGCACCCUUCGAAAUCCAUCCGCACCACAUGCAGGCUGUGCAGCUCACUGUACUGCGCGGCUUCGUCACCGCGCUGUUGAAGAAGAUGUUCAGCUCUUGGCAGAUGCAGGCCCGAGCUACCAGCAGCUUCCUCCUCAAAGUCCGCCUUCGCACGCUCUCCGCGUACCUCUCGGCCUGGCAGGUCCAAGCCGAAGACGUCCAGCGAAGCCGCGGCUGCCAGCAAGAAGUCGCUUCGCUGCGAGCGGGCCGGAGCCGAGCCAGGGCCUUGAAAACCUGGAGCCGAAGGUGCCGACGUCAAAUUGAGCACCGACAACGGGCCCAAGAUUUCGCUGCAGACUGUUGGCAUCGAAGCUGCAGGAGGGCUUUCUUGGCGUGGCGCAUAGCUUGGGACUGGGAGGCUGCAGUCCUCAAAGCGCAGUCUCGUGCUGGGGUACGACUUCUUGGCGCGGUCAUGAAGGCUUGGGUCGGAUUGUGGCACUACGAGCGACAGGAAGCCAUCCUCCUGCGGCUCUCCGGGCUCUUCCUGCGAAAGUACAGCCUGAAAAGCGGGCUGCGGCAGCUCCACGUCCACGUCGACAAACAGGCCCGCCGCCGGGCCUUGCUGCAGGCGGAAGCUCAGCUUCGAGAGGCUCAGCUUCGGAAAAGCUGGCGCUGGCUUGAGGCCUGCUGGGGUGCUUGGAGAAGACAAGCCGAGCAUAGUCGGCUCAUGAAACUGUAUCGGAGCUGGGCGGACGUCCACUGGCUCCGCUCUCGGCUGACUGCGGCAUGGCAGGCCUGGCUCCAGUGGUUCCGCAAACGCGGGAAGGUGGUGGCCAUGCGCAGCGCCCCGCAGCUGCUGGCGGCCUGGCGCUGGCUCCGAGUCCACGCAGCCUGCUCUGCCCGUGUGGAAUUCACGUGCAGGCCGCAACUUCCCAUGGAUGCGGUUGCGGCACCAUGGCAGCGCGUGGCCGACGAGCUGCUCUUCGGCUCGGCCCCCUUCGACAUCCACCCGCACCACAUGCAGGCGAUGCGCUGUGGACUCCUGGAGCUCUUCGCCAACGCCUUGCGGCUGAAAGUCAUGGCCUUCUGGAAGAAAGAGGUUUCCCGGAGCCGCGACAGAAUGCAGAGAAGGAAGUCCUGCAUGUCUCGAAGAUGGCUUUGGGCCUGGAAGGCAGCCGCAGAGAAGUGCAAGCGCUUGCACAGCAUCAAGACUGCGGUCCUCAACUUUCGCUGCCAGCGUGCUCGCCGGCGGCUGCUUCAUUGUUGGAGCCGGAGGACCACCCAGCGAGCAGAGUGUCGCCAGAGAGCUCAAGACUUGCUGCUCGCAUGCUUGCAUCGCACUUGCCGGAGGGCCUUGGAUGCAUGGUUGAGGGCGCAGAGAUGGCAGGCACUGGCGCUGCGGGUGCACAAGCGUCAGCUGCGAAGUCAGUUCCAGGCAUGGGUCGCUCAAUGGCAGGACGAUCGACAGGAGGCAGCGCUCCUCCGCCUGUCGGCACUCUGCCUGCGGAAGCGUAGUCUCCGAAUCGGGCUCUUGGCCCUGCACUCACAGGUCCGGCGGGAAGUAGCCCUUCGAGCUUGUCGCAAGGUGCGUGAUGCAGCUGCAGAGGCAAGUCGCAAACUGUUGGAGGUAUGCUGGAUGUGCUUCGUGAGAUAUGCUGAGAGUCGGCGCUUGAUGAAGCUGUAUCGGAGCUGGGCGGACGUCCACUGGCUCCGCUCUCGGCUGACUGCGGCAUGGCAGGCCUGGCUCCAGUGGUUCCGCAAACGCGGGAAGGUGGUGGCCAUGCGCAGCGCCCCGCAGCUGCUGGCGGCCUGGCGCUGGCUCCGAGUCCACGCAGCCUGCUCUGCCCCUGGGCAGAGCGUGCGCAGGCUGCAACUUCCAACUGAUACCACAGCGGCUGCUCCAUGGCAGCCCGUGGCCGCCGAGCUGCUCUUCGGCUCGGCCCCCUUCGACGUCCACACGCACCACAUGCGGGCCAUGCAGCAAAGCUUGCUGAUCCUGUUUCGAAGCGCAUUGCUGAAGAAGAUCUUCGGUUCUUGGGUGACAGAGGCUGCGAAGACCGCUGGCUUCUCUCGUCGUGCCUUAGAGCGCCAUCGCCGCAGCUGGCUACACGCUUGGAAGGCCCAGGCUUCUGUGGGCCAUCAGCUGCGCGACCGUCAGCAAAGUUUGGUCGCGAAGAGAGUGCGCCACUCGCGAUCGCUUGCCCUGCGCAGCUGGGCAACGAGGUCGCAGCAGAGAGUGCAGCAGCGACAGCGGGCCUGUGACUUGAAGGGGGCGAUCCGGCGGCGGACUGGCCGGAGGUUUUUGGCGGCUUGGCGGCUGCUACGCCACGAGGCUGCAGCCACUCGCAGGGCACAGCAGCGGAGGCUGCGCUGCACACUCCAGGCUUGGGUGGCCCAGUGGCAGGACGGCCGACAGGAGGCGGCACUGCUCCGCCUGUCGGCACUCUGUCUGCGGCAGCGCAGUCUCCAAGCCGGGUUGCAGGCCCUUCGCUUGCAGGUUCGAAGACAAGCGAGGCGGCGAGCGCAUCAGAAGGUCCGCGACCGGGCCUCUGCGACUCGGCGGCAGCUCCUAGAGGCUUCUUGGGCGGCUUUGGUGAACCAUGCAGAGCAGCAGCGGCUCAGAAAGCUGUAUCAAAGCUGGGCGGACGUACACCGCCUCCGGGCGAUGCUGGCAACAGCGUGGCAGGCGUGGCUCAGCUGGUUCCGCAAGCGCGGCAAGGUGGUGGCCAUGCGCAGCGCCCCGCAGCUGCUGGCGGCCUGGCGCUGGCUCCGAGUCCACGCAGCCUGCUCUGCCCCUGGGCAGAGCGUGCGCAGGCUGCAACUUCCAACUGAUACCACAGCGGCUGCUCCAUGGCAGCCCGUGGCCGCCGAGCUGCUCUUCGGCUCGGCCCCCUUCGACGUCCACCCGCACCACAUUGAGGCAGUGCAACCGUCCCUGCUGGCGUUGUUUGCCAGCGCCCUUCUCAAGAAGAUCAUGCUUUCAUGGCUUGCUCAGGUGCAUGACAUCCAGGACCGCCUUGAGCAAGCCAAACAGGGCGCACUGAGACGAUGCGUAAGGGAAUGGCAGGCUCGAUCACGAUGCUCCAGACGCCGUCGGUUUCAUGAGAGUGCCGUCGCCGUGGCUCAGGAACGUGGAAGUCAACUUUUCGAAGAGUGGAAGCAGUCCUGUGGUGCGCGAAUACUGAUGGCUUGGGCGGAGGCCGCACGGUCCCUGGCCAUGCAGGAGACCCGCCGCUUGCUACAGGCAGAUGACAUUCGGCGGCGCUGCCGCCGAAAGGCGGCGAGCAGAGCUUUUGCCCAUUGGAGCACAGCCGUGCGGCUCCGGUGUGAGGCCGCGAAGGCUGCCCGCAUCCGAAAGGUCUUUUCGAGCUGGCACUUGGCCGUCCAGGAGCAGGCGUUGCUUCAGAAGUACCUGCAGGAGUGCGCUUCCGUCACCUUGCAGGGAUCAUCUGACCGGAUGCCGCACCACACGACUCACACGACUACCCGGCCAACAGAUUUGGAGCAAGUCUAUCGGGAGAUGGCAGAGCUCCGGUGGGAUGUCAUGGGUGUGGAGGCCAAAGAGGACUUAUUCUCCGACUAG